AAAAAAAAAUCCCACCGAGGAGUAGGGCGACAUAGCGGAGCAGGUCUGAGCGGAGAGCAGAGUUUACUGGAUACACGAGACGGUGCGACCCGGUGACGGAAGAUUUCUAAUACAACAUUCUGGGGAUUUACAAGAGUGGCCGGCUGCAGCAUCUCUGAAGAUGUCUGAUAAUGGGGAGGUUGAGGACAAGCCCCCAGCUCCUCCCAUGAGAAACACCAGCACCCUGAUUGGUUCCAGUAACAAAGACCCCGCCCCCCUCAACCAUGGCUCCAAGCCCCUCCCACCAAACCCAGAAGACAAGAAAAAGAAGGACCGCUCAAUUCGGUUCAUCCUGACGGGAGGAGGCGAUAAGACCUAUAAGAAGAAGGAACGUCCAGAGAUCUCUCUGCCCUCAGACUUUGAACACACGAUCCAUGUUGGCUUCGAUGCCGUUACCGGGGAGUUUACUGGCAUGCCGGAGCAGUGGGCCCGGCUCCUACAGACCUCCAACAUCACCAAACUGGAGCAGAAGAAGAAUCCUCAAGCUGUCCUCGAUGUUUUAAAGUUCUACGACUCGAAGGAAACGGCCAACAGCCAGAAAUACAUGAGCUUCACUGAUAAAAACACAGAUGCGUACAACUCUUCCACCUUAACGAGCUCCAAGGCCGUGUCGGAGACCCCCGCUGUGGCAACGGUGUCUGAGGACGAAGACGAAGACGAGGCCGAGCCCCCGCCGGUGGUCGCCCCCCGCCCCGAACACACCAAAUCAAUCUACACUCGUUCAGUGAUCGAGCCCCUCCCUCCUCCUUCAACCAAAGAUGCCGCCACCUCGCCCAUCUCCCCGCCGACCGCCGCCGCCGCCGUCACCCCGACGCCCCCCUCAGAGGCCGCCCCCGGCAGCCCUCCCAGUGCAAGCCCCGCCCCUGGGCCAUCCCUGCCCCGCUCACAAGACAAAACCAAAAAGAAGAAGAUGUCAGACGAGGAGAUCCUGGAGAAACUACGGACGAUUGUCAGCGUGGGAGACCCGAAGAAGAAAUAUACACGCUUUGAGAAGAUUGGACAGGGGGCCUCUGGAACAGUUUACACAGCUAUAGACAUCGCCACGGGGCAGGAGGUUGCCAUCAAACAGAUGAACCUGCAGCAGCAGCCCAAGAAGGAGCUAAUCAUCAACGAGAUCCUGGUGAUGAGGGAAAACAAGAACCCCAACAUCGUCAACUACCUGGACAGCUACCUGGUGGGCGAUGAGCUCUGGGUGGUGAUGGAGUACCUGGCCGGAGGCUCUCUGACAGAUGUCGUGACAGAGACCUGCAUGGAUGAAGCUCAGAUCGCUGCUGUGUGCAGAGAGUGUCUGCAGGCGCUGGAGUUCCUCCACUCCAACCAGGUGAUCCAUCGAGACAUCAAGAGUGACAACAUCCUGCUGGGGAUGGACGGCUCCGUCAAGCUCACCGACUUCGGCUUCUGCGCCCAGAUCACCCCGGAGCAGAGCAAACGCAGCACCAUGGUGGGGACUCCGUACUGGAUGGCUCCGGAGGUGGUGACCCGGAAGGCCUACGGCCCCAAAGUGGACAUCUGGUCCUUGGGCAUCAUGGCCAUCGAGAUGGUGGAGGGAGAACCGCCCUACCUGAACGAGAACCCGCUCAGGGCUCUGUAUCUGAUCGCGACCAACGGAACGCCAGAACUUCAAAACCCCGAGAAACUCUCCACAACAUUCAGAGAUUUCCUGAACCAGUGUCUGGAGAUGGACGUGGAGAAGAGAGGGUCCGCUAAAGAACUACUGCAGCAUCAGUUUUUAAAGAUGGCGAAGCCCCUCUCCAGCCUGACUCCCCUCAUUCUGGCGGCCAAAGAGGCCGCGAAGAACAACCGUUAGCUUUGCCCUUGCCGUCUGCCCGAGGAGGUGGAGGUGCUCUCUAUCUCUCUUCCUCUUUUUUUCCUCUCUUCCUCCCUCCUUCAUUCCCCUCACUUUGAACUUGAACCCCCCCUCCUCCCGGCUCUGAAGCCACAUUCCUCCACCUCACAGGUGGGAAGAAGGGGCGGGGCUUCUUCUCCACCGGACUGGGACAGUCGCCGCCGCCCCUUGUGGCGAACGUGUCGUCGUGACGAGAGCCUGAAGCCACGCAGCGGUUGUUUAUUUAUUUGUUUGUUUUUCAAAUCAGGACCACAGCAGCCGGCCGUCACCUCCUGACAGUCGGAAGUCGUUAGCUUCCUGUUAUUCAGGUGCAAAAAGUUUUAAUUUGAAAUCCACUUUUCUUCUUGCGUGUUUGGAUUUUACUUGUUGAUUGUAGCGAUCUCCUCUGUGGGUUUUUGUCACAGAGCAGGAAAAGUUAAACAAUGAUUGUUUAGAGGAAACACUGUGUGCCCAGAACCACGAGGUGGACCCGGUUCAGCUUCAGAACAGAACCAGCUGUGAGGCGUCAACAAAUCAGAUUCCUGCCAUCAGAAGCCGAGGGGACUCGAAAGCUUGAAGUCAAACGUUUAUCAGAAUGCGGGUCCACACUCAACGUAAACAAAGCACUUUUAUCUGUUUACAAGAUGUUCCACUUCAUCAAACCUGUUGAGCUUUUCCAUCCCAGAAGCAAAAAACAAACAGAAGUUUGUAUUUAUUCUUUGUAAAAGCACAAAACUUGUUUCACAGAUUUUUCAUCUGAUUUUAAUGUUUUUAUCAGUCGGGUUUAAACGCGGGUCACUGAGCAGAACUCGCUCCAUCUGUGGUUCUGGGUCGUCUGCGGGCUUGAUGUUGGACUGUGAAGGACAGAAUGUGCAUGAGAACAACCUUUAUUUGUUUUUUUUAUUAUUAUUAUUCAAAUGGUACGUCUAA